AUAGUAUUGGUCACGUCCUGGAUGGUUUGGCACAAUCACCUCUCUCUCUCCAAGCUAGUGCGGAUUGAGAUAAAAGAGUUUACCUGAGGGUAGGGCAACGAGAGAAAGAUGGCUUUGUUUUGCCAGGCAAGGGGAAUCCAUGGCGCCAGCAUGAGUGUGCCUUGCGGCAGCAGGGUAUGGCGAAGGCCACAGAGUGUGGUGUGUGUCAAGAAGAAGGAGGAGAGAAGCGUGGUGUGGGAGGGGGCGGAGAGUGAGAUUGAGCUGGACAAGUCGGACCUGUUGCAGCUCAAAUUCAGCCGGUUGUUGGGGGAGUCGCGGGAGACGAGCAUUGCAAAGGUGGUGGCCAAGAAACUCAAUCCCCACCUCAACAAUCUGGAGAUCCACAAGCUGGUGAAGAAGAGGGGCACGGAUGCUCUGAUGCGCCUCGUCUCCGAUUCCUGGAUGCAACGAGCUGCUGCCGCCACGGAGCCACCGGAACCCAAGCCUGUGAAUCCUCCUCCAGGAAUCGCUGCUCUCGCCCGCGCUCAAGCUCCAGAAUUCGAAAACGGUGGCCUCAUCGCUCUCGCACCCAAGCCGCCCAAGCCAGCAAUCGGACCAUCGGAGGAGGAGGAUGGUGGAACGCUGGAUGCUGCUGUCAACCCCGAGUGGAUGGACACCGACAUCUCCAUGGAGAAGUUCGUCAAGCUGCUGAACGAGCGCGAGCUGGACGUGAUGAAAAAGGAAGAUGGGAUGAAUGCGCGGCGAGCGGACAAGAAGCCGGCCAAGAAAUUCGAUCGUCGGCCUCGCAGCAGUGACGUGAUUGGGCGGAGGCGCAGGGCCAAGUCGCGGCAGAUGCCCUUCUCCACCUCCGCUAACGCGAACAGGAAGCUCACCAAGAACAAGGGGAAACCAGCCAAGUAAAUGUAGGGUUCAUAGGUAGGGCUUUUUGUCACUCUCCUCCACUGGUGGAAGAAUAGGAAGAUUUCUAUGGUU